GGGUGAAGUCCCACCCUUUCAGCUUCCUCUGUUGCUUCAUCUACAGCCCUUUCCAUGAAAUCAGGACACCGUACCUGAAGAAGACAAGGCCAGGCAUUUAAAGAAGCAAGUCAGAACACCUCUCACUGGCUGAGAUUGUUUGUUUUUGCCCUCCUUACAAUGCACCAAAUAUUGAAGUUUUUUUCUUUCUUUCUUUUUUUUAACUUUUUAGUUUCACUUUCGAGAUUGCAGCCAACUUGCUGGUGAAAAUUUCCCUGAUGAAAGCCUUUGGAUUGGGACUAAUGGAAAAAGGAACAAACAGCUAUGGUCAGAAUAAGUGAAGCGGUUCAUGCUGCUGAUGAAAAGUAGGACACCAAUCAAGUUCUCUUUCCUCUGGAACUGGGAAAAAGAGAUCCUGAAAUAGAAGCAACCACAACCGUUCCAGUUUAAAAGAGCGUCUUUUAGGCGAAGUCAUGAGCCAGGGUUUGCCUUAUCGCAUCUACUCCUUUUGGGGGCUGUUGCCCCUUUGGAUGCUGUGUGCUUCCUCUGCCAACAAAUGCGUUGUCAGACGUGAAGUAGCUGACUGCAGUCACCUCAGGCUGACCCAAGUACCGGCUGACCUCCCUGCAAACAUAACAGUGCUGAACCUUACCCACAAUCAACUCAGAAAACUGCCACCCGCCAAUUUCACAAGAUACAGCCAGCUUAUUAUCCUGGAUGGAGGAUUUAACUCCAUCUCAAAGCUGGAGUCAGAGCUGUGCCAAAAACUCCCCUUGUUGAAAGUGUUGAACCUUCAACACAACGAGCUGUCCCAACUUUCUGACAAAACCUUUGUCUACUGCGUGAAUUUGACAGAACUCCAUUUAACGUCCAACUCAAUUCAGAAAAUUAAAAGCAAUCCCUUUAAAAACCUAAAGAACUUAAUCAAAUUAGAUCUAGCUCAUAAUGGUUUAUCAUCUACAAAAUUAGGAACUGAACUCCAGCUGGAAAAUCUCCAAGAGCUUUCAUUGUCAAAUAAUAAAAUCCACGCUUUAAGACGUGAAGAACUUGAUUUCUUGGGCAAUUCCUCUUUGAAAAAAUUAGAGUUGUCAUCAAAUCAAAUUAAAGAGUUCUCUUCAGGGUGUUUUCAUGCAAUUGGAAAAUUAUCUGGCCUCUUUCUGAACAACAUCCAACUGGGCUCCAGUCUCACAGAGAAGCUGUGUUUGGAAUUAUCCAACACAAGCAUUCAGAGCCUAUCUCUGAGCAACACCCAGCUCUAUAGAACAAGCAAUAUGACUUUUUUUGGACUGAAGGAGACAAAUCUCACCAUGCUUGAUCUUUCCCAUAACAGUUUAAAUAAGAUAGCUAAUGAUUCCUUUGCCUGGCUUCCACAUUUGGAAUAUCUCACCCUGGAGAAUAAUAACAUAGAGCAUUUGUCUUCUCGCUCCUUUUAUGGGCUGCUCAAUGUGAGAUACCUGAAUUUGAAGCGAUCUUUUACUAAACAAAGUACUUCUCUUGCUUCACUUCCCAAGAUUGAUGACUUUUCCUUUCAGUGGCUAAAGUAUUUGGAGCACCUUAACAUGGAAGAUAACAAUUUUCCAGGAAUAAAAAACAAUAUGUUCACAGGAUUGAUACGUCUGAAAUACUUAAGUCUAUCCAGCUCCUUUACGAGUUUGCCAACUUUAACAAAUGAAACAUUUUUAUCACUUGCAAAUUCUCCUUUACUCAUACUCAACUUAACCAGAAAUAAAAUCUCAAAAAUAGAGAGCGGUGCUUUUUCUUGGUUGGGCCACCUAGAGGUACUUGACCUUGGCCUGAACGAAAUUGGGCAAGAACUCACAGGCCAGGAAUGGAGAGGUCUAGGAAAUAUUGUUGAAAUCUACCUUUCCUAUAACAAAUACCUACAACUGACUAGCAAUUCCUUUGCCUUGGUUCCAAGCCUUCAACAACUGAUGCUCCGAAGGGUGGCCUGUAAAAAUGUGGAUAUCUCCCCCUCACCUUUCUGCUCUCUUCGUAACUUGACCAUUCUGGAUCUCAGUAACAACAACAUAGCCAACAUAAAUGAGGACAUGUUGGAGGGUCUUGACAAACUAGAAAUUCUGGAUUUGCAGCACAACAACUUAGCCAGGCUCUGGAAGCAUGCAAACCCUGGUGGUCCUGUUCAUUUCUUAAAAGGUCUUUCUCACCUCCACGUACUUAACUUAGAGUCUAAUGGCUUUGACGAGAUCCCACAGGGGGCCUUCAAGGACUUGUCUGAAUUAAAGAGCAUUGAUUUGGGACUGAACAAUUUAAACAUACUUCCACCGUCUCUGUUUGAUAGUCAAACCUCUCUGAAGUCAUUGAAACUUGAGAAGAACCUUAUAACAUCAGUUGAGAAGAAUGUUUUUGGACCACCUUUCAAGAAUCUGACUAAUUUAGAUAUGCGCUUUAAUCCAUUUGAUUGUACCUGUGAAAGUAUUGCCUGGUUUGUUAACUGGAUAAACGGCACCCACGCCAACAUCUCUGGUCUACCAGAUGAUUAUCUCUGCAACACUCCACCUCAGUAUCAUGGUUUGUCGGUGACAUUUUUUGAUACAUCAGCCUGCAAAGACAGUGCCCCUUUUGAACUCCUGUUCGUAAUAAACACCAGUACCCUAUUGUUUUUUAUCUUCAUUGUACUGCUGGUCCAUUUUGAAGGCUGGAGGAUAUCUUUUUACUGGAAUGUUUCAGUACAUCGAAUUCUUGGUUUCAAAGAGAUAGACAGACAGCCAGAGCAGUUUGAAUAUGCGGCAUAUGUAAUUCACGCCCAUAAAGACAGGGAUUGGGUCUGGCAACACUUCUCCCCAAUGGAAGAAAAAGACCAAUCGCUCAAAUUUUGUCUGGAAGAAAGGGAUUUUGAGGCAGGUGCUCUUGAACUUGAAGCAAUUGUCAAUAGCAUCAAACGAAGCAGAAAGACUAUUUUUGUUAUAACACAGCACCUAUUGAAAGACCCAUUAUGCAAAAGAUUCAAAGUGCAUCAUGCAGUUCAGCAAGCUGUUGAACAAAACCUGGAUUCCAUUAUACUGAUCUUUCUCGAGGAGAUUCCAGAUUACAAACUGAACCACGCACUUUGCUUGCGAAGAGGGAUGUUUAAAUCUCGCUGCAUCUUGAACUGGCCAGUUCAGAAAGAACGGAUAAGCGCGUUUCAUCAUAAACUGCAAGUAGCGCUUGGAUCCAGAAAUUCAGUGUAUUAAUUUAUUUAAAGAUUAAGUUACAAAGGAGUAACUUUCCAAGUUUAAAAGCUCCCCGGUAAAUUAGAGUUUUCCUUGAAGAUAACAUCACCCUACUGACUCGUGUUUAUCGGUGGUGACACCACAUCUGAACGGUAACUCUUCUGUUGAAAUGCGUCUAUUUCAGGCCCCUGGUUGCUAAUUGACAUAAUUUACCCAAAACAAACAUGUAAUCACAUAAGGACGUUGGCACUACUGAAUACACGAUUGAUCACACAAUAGAUCACGGUGGCCUAGGACAAUUUAAGAAAGUUUUAAAACAUUUCUCAUUUAGAGAAAAAUGAGAGUUGUGUGACGAUUUAUGCAAUUGUCUUUAAUUUGGGGAAUGCACUCAUAAUAAAAUGGAAGGUAAUUGUUUUAAUAAGUAUGAUCUUACUUCAAUUAGAAGAGAGUAAAAUAUAUACCCAUACUUGAAAUUUUUAAUUACGGUAUUUUUUUUUUUUUUUAGUUGAAAAGCUUUCUAUUUUGUGGUGCCUUUAUUUCAGCAUGAAUUUUGUUAAAUGCUAAGUACCAUUUUAAUACAUCCAAAGACAGAAAACAUUUGUAAUUAACUUUCAUUACUUAGUUAAAUAAACAGUUUAAUAAAUACGAAUAUUUUCUUGAUAUUUGGGUUUCUGCUACAGAGAUUGAUGGAAGAAACAAUUCUCUAACUUAAAAGUAUUGCAGAAAAACAUGUUUCCUGAAGCUUAAUCAGCAGGUUGACUUUGUGGCACCAAAGAAUUUUCCCUUGUCACAGACUCAGGAGACGACCUCGGCCAAAUCCCUUGGUCCCACUGGAGCUUUCACACCUGAUCUUUAAAGUUAUGAUGGUGAACAGUCUCUCAACAUUCUGUGGUGAUGAUCAUGGUAUAAUAAAUUCACACUGCACAUAUUCCUGUACCGUAAGCUAGCCCUUCUCUAGAGAGACUAUUAAGUUUUAUUUUUGGUUUACAAUAAAAACAGCCUAAUUAUCGGAAAUGGAAAUGAAUAGCUUUUUAAAAUAUCUGUAGUUCUGCUGUUCAAAUACAAGAGGGAGUGAAAGUGUAAUGCUGGGUUCAUUUCCGUAUGUGAUGUACUCAUUUGCCUACUGAAUUUAGGGAGCGUCUGAGAUCAUAUUUGGAAGCUUUGAUUGAAGUAGUUCAAUAUUCUCAGGACUAAAUUCACAUAAUGCUGAAAAAGGCAAUGCCAUCGUGGGGCUGGUUCUGAGACUCUACAGUCGCCCAACAGCUUCACCCUACAAAGGCACCGACACCUGAGACGCUUGUUUUACAGCACCUCUGCUAAAAUUUGUCUUCUAACUAUGAGAUAAUCCUGUUUUAUGCUGGCAUCAUGAAUAAAAAUCACAACUAUUUCUUUUCUUGAUGUGCUUUGCGUGUUAUCCACCUAUCAAGAUUCUCAACUCUUCGUUAAAAUAUUUCUAAAUAGAUUGGUAAUAUGAAUUCAUUAGUAUACCAUCUGUUUAUGAAAAGCAGGUCAGAAAAUAUUUGCUUUCAUUCCUUGUUUAGUUGCUUAUAAGAUAGCUUAACAAAUAGCCACAACUUAAAUUGAGUUCAAAUAAAAUAAAUUAAAAAAAUACAUAUUUUUAAAAAGUUGUAUAAUAUUUAAGAGGUUAGGAUUGACAAGGAAUGACCCAUUUAGCCAAGUAUAAGUAAAACUAAUAAAGAGUGUAAGCCUUGCCUUGUGUUUGACCCACACAGGAAGCAAUAUUCUGAACUUCUGCAGGCUGUCCUUUUUAAUUGUUCUCUGGAGAGGCCUGUCUCUCUGGGGCU